GCCCAGGACAGCGAGGAGGUACAGGAAGCAGUCCGCGCGUGCAGCCGCCUGUUCGGGGCCUUGCUGGAGCGGGGAGAGCUGUUCGUGGGCCAGCUGCCCCCGGAGGAGGUGGUCCUGGCAGGGUCCCAGGGAGCCACUCGCAAGUACAAGGUGUGGAUGAGGCACCGCUACCACAGCUGCUGCAACCGCCUGGCGGAGCUCCUGGCUCACCCUUCCUUUCAGGUCAAGGAGCUGGCCCUCGAGACGCUCAUGAAGUUUGUGCAGCUGGAAGGAACGCACCCCCUGGAGAAGCCCAAGUGGGAGGACAACUACCUGUUCCCCCGGGAGCUCUUCAAGUCGGUGGUGAGAGGCCUGCUUUCGCCCGAGGACGACGGCAGCCUGCUGCUCUCCCGCUUCCGAGAGUAUCUGGAGCACGACGACAUCCGGUACCACGCGAUGCAGGCCGCCACCGACACGGUGGCCCGCGUGACCGACCAGCACCUGGAGGUGUCCCCCACGUUCUGGAACAAUGCCUUCUCGCUGCUGGCGGCUGUGAGCCUGCCCCCUCGGGAGCCUGACGUGUGCAGCUUCUACGUGAAGCGCGCGGCAGAGCCGUCAGACAAGUGGAAAGUGGUUCAUCUGAAGGAGCACAGGAAGGCGUUCCAGGCCAUGUGGCUCGGCUUCCUCAAGCACAAGCUGCCCCUCGGCCUGUACAAGAAGGUGCUGGUGAUCUUGCACGACUCCAUCCUGCCCCACCUGGCCCAGCCCACCCUCAUGAUCGACUUCCUCACCAGCGCCUACGAUGUCGGGGGUGCCGUCAGCCUCUUGGCCUUGAACGGGCUUUUCAUCCUGAUUCACGAGCACAACCUGGAAUACCCCGACUUCUACCGGAAGCUCUAUGGCCUCCUGGAGCCCUCCAUCUUCCACGUCAAGUACCGGGCUCGUUUCUUCCACCUGGUCGACCUCUUCCUGUCCUCCUCAUCUUCGAGCGGGACCUGAAGAAGAAGAGGCCUGAGCCGGUGCCGCUGGAGUUCCUCCCGCCUCAGGGCCUGCUGGGCCGGCACGACAGCCUCUGCUCACAGCUCUUCACGCUCAGCUGACCCCCUUGCCCCUGCCACCCCCAGUAAACGCUUCUGUAGGCAA